CCUCCCGCUUCGCUUCGGCGCACCAAAAUCUCUCCAAACCCACAGGGAGGAGUGAGCGCCUUUUCCCUCCCUGCGGAGUCCCAGGGCCAGCGGCGCAAUGGACUUGGCGUAUGUCUGCGAGUGGGAGAAAAAGCCGAAAAGCAACCACUGCCCUUCCAUCCCCUUAGUGUGCGCGUGGUCCUGCCGGAACCUCAUCGCUUUCACCACAGACCUCAGAAAUGAGGAGGAAAAAGAUCUCACCCAUAUGGUCCAUAUCAUCGACACUGAGCAUCCGUGGGACGUCUAUUCCGUUAACUCUGGCCAUGCUGAAGUCAUCACUUGUUUGGAGUGGGAUCAGUCAGGCUCCAGGCUGCUCUCGGCAGACGCGGACGGCCACAUCAAGUGCUGGAGCAUGACCGAUCACUUGGCCAACAGCUGGGAGAACACCGUGGGCAGUAUGGUGGAAGGGGACCCGGUUGUGGCCCUGUCCUGGCUGCACAAUGGCGUGAAGCUGGCUCUGCACGUGGAGAAGUCUGGAGCGUCGAACUUUGGCGAGAAGUUUUCCAGGGUCAAGUUCUCUCCGUCGCUGACGCUGUUUGGUGGGAAGCCCAUGGAGGGCUGGAUUGCUGUGACCAUCAGCGGGCUGGUGACCGUCUCUCUCCUCAAGCCCAACGGGCAGGUGCUGACGUCCACAGAGAGCCUGUGCCGCCUCCGCUGUCGCGUUGCCCUGGCAGACGUCGCCUUCACUGGUGGGGGGAACAUUGUGGUGGCCACGUCGGAUGGCAGCAGCACCUCCCCUGUCCAGUUCUACAAAGUCUGCGUCAGCGUGGUGAAUGAGAAAUGCAAAAUAGACACCGAAAUCCUGCCUUCCCUCUUCAUGCGCUGCACCACGGACCCUGCCCGCAAAGACAAGUACCCAGCAAUCACUCACCUGAAAUUCCUUGCUCGGGACAUGUCAGAGCAGGUGUUGCUUUGUGCCUCCAACCAAAACAGCAGCAUCGUGGAGUGCUGGUCUCUGCGGAAAGAGGGCUUGCCAGUCAAUAAUAUCUUUCAGCAAAUCUCUCCUGUGGUUGGAGACAAGCAACCCAUGAUACUGAAAUGGCGGAUUCUUUCUGCCACCAAUGACUUGGAUCGGGUUUCGGCUGUGGCUCUGCCGAAGUUGCCAAUCUCCCUGACCAACACUGAUCUGAAGGUGGCGAAUGACACCAAAUUCUUCCCUGGAUUGGGUCUGGCUUUGGCUUUUCACGAUGGCAGCGUUCACAUUGUUCAUCGCCUGUCCUUGCAAAUGAUGGCCGUCUUCUAUGGCUCUUCCUCCCAGCGCCCAGUGGACGAGCAGACUAUCAAAAGGCAGCGAACCGCUGGGCCCCUGGUUCACUUCAAAGCCAUGCAGCUCUCCUGGACGUCUCUGGCCUUGGCUGGCAUUGAUAGUCAUGGGAAGCUGAGCAUGCUUCGCAUCUCCCCCUCCAUGGGCCACGUGCUGGACAUGAACAUGUCCCUGCGUCACUUGCUGUUCCUGUUGGAGUAUUGCAUGGUGACUGGCUACGACUGGUGGGACAUCCUGCUCCACGUCCAACCCAGCAUGGUCCAGAACCUGGUGGAGAAGCUGCAUGAAGAGUAUAUGCGCCAGAAUGCGGCCCUGCAGCAGGUCCUCUCCACGCGCAUUGUCGCCAUGAAGGCAUCUCUCUGCAAGCUCUCCUCCAGCACGAUAGCCCGUGUGUGUGACUACCAUGCGAAGCUGUUCCUGAUCGCCAUUAGCUGCACCUUGAAAUCGCUGCUACGCCCACACUUGCUGAACACCCCGGACAAGAGUCCCGGGGACCGACUCACCGAGAUCUGCUCCAAGAUCACAGAUAUAGACAUUGACAAGGUGAUGAUUAACCUGAAGACAGAAGAAUUUGUCCUGGAGAUGACCACGUUGCAGUCCCUGCAGCAGCUCAUCCAGUGGGUGGGAGAUUUUGUGCUCUAUCUGCUGGCCAGCCUUCCUAACCAGGGCUCGCCUGUGCGGCCAGGACACAGCUUUCUGCGAGACGGAGCGUCCUUGGGCAUGUUCAGGGAGCUGAUGGUGGUGAUUCGUAUCUGGGGACUGUUGAAGCCAAGCUGCCUCCCCGUCUACACAGCAACCUCCGACACCCAGGACAGCAUGUCCCUCCUCUUCAGGCUCCUAACUAAACUCUGGCUGUGCUGUCGUGAGGAAAAUCACAUAACGGAGCCAGAUGACACCCUGAUAGACGAAUGUUGCCUCCUGCCCAGCCAGUUGCUCAUUCCCAAUAUUGACUGGUUGCCCAUCAACGAUGGCAUUAUCAGCAAGCUGCAGAACAAACAGCUUGUCCGGCUGCAGUUCGGGAAAGCUCCUGGGCUCGUUGGUCACACUGUCUCUUCCCAGUUUGACGCCUUUGUCAGGGCACCUGGACAGCCCAAAAUUGAUCACCUGAGGCGGCUUCACUUAGGAGCGUACCCAACAGAGGAAUGCAAGUCCUGUACCAGGUGUGGCUGCGUUACGAUGCUGAAAUCGCCAAACAAAGUCACAGCGGUGAAACAGUGGGAGCAGCGCUGGAUCAAGAACUGCUUGUGUGGGGGGCUGUGGAGGAGGAUGCCCCUCAGCUAUUCCUGAGCGCGCCGUCGGUGGGGCACAGCGGGCGCCGAGCAGAAGCGCUGCUCGGGGCUUCCUUCCUCGGAGGUGUUUGGGACAAAGGAACGGCAGAUCUUCUCCCGAGCUCUCCGAAAGCGUCGUCCUGAUGCUGCCCGUGAGACGGUGCCAAGCAGCUGACCGCAGUGCUGCUGCUUUUCUUGCAUUGGUCUUUCUGCCGUACAAAAGAGGGGAGGGAGCUCUUCCUCUUUUGCAGGGAAGAGCUAGAAGGGAAUGCCAGAGGUUUCCCUGCCAAUGCCAGCUGGGGCCAAGGAGGAGAGCGCCCUGCUGCGUUUGUGUCUCUGGGCUGAGCGGGCGGAGUGGCUGGGCCCCGGCGUAAGCCCUUGCCUGGGCAGGGAGCGGUGGCUGGGGGUGAACAGGCGAAGUCCCCAGUGAAAGGGGAGCAAAUACGUGGUACCUCAUGUUCGUCCUUUGCUACAGGCUGCUUGGGAACGGCAGCGUGGGCUGGGUACUCCCUGUUUCCCUGUGCUUCUCCAUCCUUUGAGUAAACUUGCCCCUCUGAUGAGAGACUUCAUCAUCGUACCUAUCUGUUUUAACGGAGCAAUUUCUUCCCCCUCCAGAGCAGCAGGAACACGAGAGUGUUGCUGCCUGGAGCAAACCCCCCUGUUUGGCUCUCACCAAACCAGCAGCUCUUUUGUAAAUAAAAGUUCCCUUAAUU